AAGAAACACUGGGUGAUUUCUGUGGAAGAUUCGGACGCGAAGCGAACAUCGAAACAGCCGCGAAGACGUGAAGCUUUCUUCUCCACAUCAUGUCCUCUCGUAAGAAGGUGCUGCUCAAAGUGAUCAUCCUAGGGGAUUCUGGAGUCGGGAAGACCUCUCUGAUGAACCAGUAUGUGAAUAAUAAGUUCAGUAAUCAGUAUAAGGCCACAAUCGGAGCUGACUUCCUGACUAAAGAGGUGAUGGUGGACGACAGACUGGUCACCAUGCAGAUUUGGGACACGGCGGGGCAGGAGCGCUUUCAGUCUCUGGGCGUGGCGUUCUACAGAGGGGCGGACUGCUGCGUGCUGGUGUACGACGUCACGGCGCCAACUACAUUCAAGACUAUGGACAGCUGGAGGGACGAGUUCCUCAUUCAGGCCAGUCCUCGUGACCCGGAGAACUUCCCCUUUGUUGUGCUGGGCAACAAAAUCGACCUGGAGAACCGUCAGGUAACGACAAAGCGAGCUCAAGCGUGGUGUCAGAGUAAGAACAACAUCCCCUAUUUUGAGACCAGUGCCAAAGAAGCCAUUAACGUGGACCAGGCCUUCCAAACUAUCGCUCGCAAUGCUCUCAAACAGGAGUCGGUGGAGACGUAUGACUUCCCUGACCAGAUUAAACUAAGAGACGACAGACCUGUGUCUAGCAGUGACGGCUGCAGCUGCUGAAGGAAAGACCAAACUGGGGACGGGAAGAGAAAGAGAAAGAGCCAGCAUGGGAAAGGGAGAGAUCCAGGCCUGUUAUUCUAGCACCCAUCCUCCCCUUUUCCUCCUUUGAAACCUCCAGGGUAUCAAAUGCCACAUGUGAAAGCUGAACAUCCAUUUUCUUGCUGAACUCCAAGUACAUGUGUGGUAUGAUAAACUAUCGAGGAACAGCAAGACCAAUGUGUUGCGUAUCCUCUGACAUUGAGUCCUGCUAUCACUACAGCUGUCGCUACUUCUGCUGUCUGAGCAAUUUGAUUUUCUUUUCUCAGAAAUGAUUCUUUGGUCUGCUAACUCGUUGUGCCUUUUUAAUUCUUACUGUUGGUUAUUGAUAUCAAUGUUUCACUCAUGCUGAAUGAAUAUUCAUAAAAAAAGACAUUACAUAUGUAAUAGGGCUGGGAAAUAUAAUAUUAAUAAAAUGUUUUAUCUGACAUUUAAAA